AUGGCGGCACCUCUCGGACGGGACACCCUACCUGACCACUGGUCGUAUGGAGUUUGUAGAGAUGGCCGGGUCUUCUUUAUUAAUGAUAAAGCUCGUAGCACCACUUGGCUACAUCCACGCACUGGUGAACCGGUUAACUCGGGACACAUGAUACGGUCAGACUUGCCAAGAGGAUGGGAAGAGGGCUUCACGGACGAAGGAGCCAGCUACUUCAUAAACCACAACCUGAGGGCUACGUCCUUUCGACAUCCUGUGACCGGACAGAUUUCCCCUGAAAACACAGAAUACACAUUACAAGACAGGAUAGAGUCCCGUAUGUCCAAGUCAGCGGCCAACCAGAGAUCCCCCAGCAUGGUCACAGAGUCCUCCAAGGCAGUGACCUCAGCAGCUGCAGAUGUCAUCUCAGGGUCAAAGGGCUCCAGAGGUACGGGGAAAGUACACAGUUUUGGCAAGAGGGAUCAUGCUAUUAAAAGAAACCUCAAUAUCCCAGUGGUGGUGAGAGGCUGGCUCUAUAAACAGGACAGCUCUGGAAUGCGACUGUGGAAACGGAAGUGGUUUGUUUUGUCAGACUACUGCUUGUUUUACUACAAAGACAGUCGAGAGGAGACAGUCCUUGGUAGCAUCCCUCUGCCCAGUUAUGUCAUUGCACCAGUUGAGCCCGAUGACCACAUAAACCGCAAAUAUGCUUUCAAGGCGAGCCACACAGGAAUGCGCUCCUACAUUUACAAUAAGAACUCUGUGAUUGGCUCACAGGCAGAACACUGCGGGAUGCGGACAUAUUUCUUCAGUGCGGACACACAGGAGGACAUGAAUGGCUGGAUCCGGGCCAUGAACCAGGCUGCGCUGAUGCAGCAGAGUCACACUAUAAAGAGAGAGGUGGAGAAGCCAGAGAAGGCUGCACAGCAGGCAGUCCCGCAAACCAACCAUGUCCACAUCAACCAGAACUCAUCUCAAUCAGAAAGCCAUCACAGGACAGAAAGAGAGGAACGUCACGAUAAUGGUAUCAGACUGGCUCAUGGAGAUGAAGUGAGGUAUGGAUUAGAGAUCCAGGGGAGGCCCAGCCAGUCAGCCGCAGAGGAAAGACUUGAGAGUCUCCCUCCAGACGCUGUCAAUGUCAAUGGUGCCUCCCACAAGAAUGGACAGCAAACUGUGAUCCAGUUGACCCUGCCACCGGAACAAAAUGGAAAUCUUGUCUAUCAGAGGGGCUUCGUUCCACAGAUGGACACAGAGAAACAUGUGCAGAGGAAGAAUACCCUGGCCCAGGUGGAGCAGUGGGUCAAAGUUCAAAAAGGGGAUCCAGCAAAGAGUGCUCCCUCUGCUGAGUAUAACCUCCCUCGGCGGACUCCUCCCUUGAAGCCCAAAGCCAGCACGGCAGAUGCCACCUAUCAGUCAAUGCCAAAGUCUCCCCGACUCCCGUCUGGCAGCAACUCUCCUCCUGCAACAUGCAACCUGCCCAGUGACUACAAGUAUGCUCAUGACCGUCUCAGCCACUUCCGGAUGUCCACUGAUGAGCGAAUGGCUACCAAGGAGGGAAUGGUGUGGCAGCUGUAUGAGUGGCAGCAGCGGCAGCAGUUCCGUCACGGCAGCCCCACCGCUCCUGUCUACUCUGGGCCUAAUUUCACAGACUCGUCAUCUUUUAGAGUUACUGUGGAGAUGCCACGUUCCAUCUCUGUCCCUCCAUCCCCGUGUGAAGUCCCGCCGUCUGUACCCUCCUCAUUCAAACCCCUGUCCCCUCGCAGGCCACACACUCCUUCAGACAGACGCACGGUCAGGCCCCUGGAUGAAGUGGCAGCCGGGGACAGCACAAGAUCCAGCUCUCCCGGCCAUAUCUGUGCCCAUCUGUCCCAGACUUCCCAAAUAGAGAGAAGGUCCAUGCCAGCUAUGGGCUACAUCACACACACUGUCAGCGCACCUAGCUUACACGGCAAAACGCCAGAGGAGCUGACUCUGCUCCUCAUUCAGCUUCGGAGGCACCAGGCCAAGAUGGCUGGUGUGCAUAGCCCCAACUAUGCGUUCGCUCACCUGCAGCACCACCAGCACAACGGCCUUCUAGGCCCCAGCAUGCAGGCUGAUGAUACUUACAUACAACUGAAGAAGGACCUGGAGUAUCUAGAUCUGAAGGUGGGCCCCAACAAAAUCCAAAGUAUUGACCCGGUGAUCGUUUCAGUACACAAUGUGUUUGAAACCUCCACUCCAAGUUUUGGGUACUGUUUGAAUGUUACUGGGCGAGAGAGUUUAAAGAAAGAAAGACCAACCAGGCCUGUGAAAAUAGCAGAAAGUGAUGCUGAUGUGAAAUUAAGUCGACUGUGUGAGCAAGACAAGAUUCUCCAGGAGCUAGAGGCCAGGAUACGCACUUUGAAGGAGGACAAGGACAAGCUAGAAUCUGUGCUGGAUGUUUCUCACCAGCAGAUGGAGCAGUACAAAGAUCAGCCGGCCCAUGCUGAGAAGAUUGCCUAUCAGCAGAAAUUACUACAAGAGGAUGUGGUGCACAUCAGGGCUGAAAUAUCCAAAGUCUCCACAGAGAUGGAGAAUGCAUGGAAUGAAUACAGCCGGCUAGAGAGAGAUGUGGACUGGCUGAAGUCAGCCCUGCAGGGACAGAUGAACCGCGGUGAUCUCUCUCAGCAAGAGAAAGUCCAGAUCAGAAAGGAGUUGUGGAGGAUUGAGGAUGUUAUCGCAGGCCUCAGCACCAGUAAAGCCAACUACAAAGUCACUAUCUCCUCUGUUACCAACCCAGAGAGGAAAUUUGUGCCUUCAGUGUCGGCGUCAUCAGUGCCUUCUGUGUCUGGGAGCCCGUCUGCUAUGGAGAUGAGAUUGUCCCAUCCACAGCAGCAGCAACAGCAACAGCACAGCCCCCACCUCAGCCCCAGUAGCCACACUCCCACCCUUUCCUCCAGCACCAGCCAGCAGCCUUUACACCACUCUGCUACCAUCACCAGUGGGCUUAAAUGGGGUGAGGAAGAUGUGCCUCCCAGACCUCCUCUACCUCAGCUCUACAGCCCUGAUGAACAUCCCCCUGCUGUGCCCCCGUUGCCCCGGGAGACAACAGUCAUCAGACACACAUCUGUACGUGGCCUCAAACGACAGUCAGAUGAACGCAAAAGGGACAGAGAGAUUGGCCAGUACACUAACGGAGACAGCAAGGUGGAACUUAGGCCUUUUCUGAGUGAUCCAGAACUUAUGGGGGCUGGAGAUGGCUCCAGCCACAUCAGUGUCGUAGCAUCUGGACAUGAUGGAGGCUACCAGACAUUACCUAGCAGAGGAGUGGCUGGCUCCUCACUUAGACUAAAUCAGUCUUCGAGCAUCUCCUCGUAUGUGACCCUCCGAAGAGCAGCCUCAGCUGCCGGCAUGAAGGAGAGACCAAAAAGUGCCUUGGAGCGUCUGUACUCCGGGGAGCCGGCGCAGCAGCAGCAGAGGGGGAAAAUGAGUGCUGAUGAGCAGCUAGAGAGGAUGAAGAGACACCAGAAGGCCCUCGUCCGCCAGCGCAAACGCACCCUGAGUCACGGAGACCGCCACGCCUCUUCAACAUCGCGCACCUCGUCCUCAUCCUCACGCCCUCUCUCAGCAGACUUGGGAUCAUGGAAGAGAGAGCAGGAGUUUGACCUGCAGUUGCUCGAGAGAGCUGUUCAGGGGGAAGAGGCACAGGGAGUUAGGAGUGUCCAGGGGGAGGAAAGACCUCCCGAGCACAAAGAGAGACCCCGUUCGCACUCUGACGAAUGGCUGACCUUUCGCUCCACGGCCACAACUCCUCCCACACAAGAAGCUGACCUGGAACCACUAGACUAUGAUGUGGACCUCAACAAAGAGCUGUCCAAGCCUCAGAAAGUGUUGAUUCCAGAGCGCUACGUGGAUUCAGAGCCUGAGGAGCCCCUCAGUCCUCAGGAGGUGGAGGAGCGUCAUCGUAAGGUGGAGCGCAUCAAGAGCAUCUUAGCAAAGUCCAGUGUGCAAAACCUAGCACCAACAGUUACUGUGGACAAGCCAGAGGUGGGGCUGAUGGCACUGGAUUCAGCUCUGCAGGAGCAGGAGAGGAUCAUCACCAUGUCCUACGCUCUCGCCUCGGAGGCUUCUCUCAAGAGCAAACUAGUCGCAGUCCCACCGCAGGCUAACAUCCCCACUCCUCCUCCCCCACCCCCUCCUCCGCCUCCUCCUCUUCCUCCCACAUCUCUGGCGCCUCCCUCUCCUCUAAGCAACGGAAUUCACUACACGUUUGUCUAA